CAAAUGAAACGAAGUUUCUAGGCAGCUUUAAAACGAAAUUGCCUGAUAUUAGUCUUCUCCGCCAAUCUUGCCAAAUACAGACCAGAAAAAUAAAAACACAGUUAAAUUUAAAUUAGACAGCCUUAAAAUCACCUAAAAUCCAACCCGCCAGCUCUAAAACACACUAUUUCAAAAUUUCAAAACCUCAUUUCUCUUUCCUAAACCAUCAUCAUCCUUCAUUCUUCUUUUAUCUUUAUCUUUUCCUUUAAUUUGAUCUCUGGUUUUUUCUAAGUUCGAAAAGAACCAGAGAUUGCGUUUCUGACAUAUAUUAUGUCCCAAUUUCUAAACACCUAAAGAAAAAAUAAAAAAUAAAAAUGGAGAACGGUGUAUUAUUUGAAAAAUAUGAGGUGGGGAGGCUUCUGGGUUGCGGCGCCUUCGCCAAAGUUUACUAUGGGAGGAACAUCAAAACUGGGCAAAGCGUGGCGAUCAAAGUGAUCAACAAGAAAAAGAUUGUAGGAACGAAUCUAAUGGCUAAUGUCAAGAGAGAGAUUAUGAUCAUGGGCCGUCUUCGCCACCCGAACAUCGUACGUUUGUACGAGGUUUUAGCCUGUAAGGUGAAGAUAUAUUUUGUAAUUGAGUUUGCCAAAGGUGGUGAGCUCUUCGCUAAGGUGGCGAAAGGCCGUUUUAGCGAAGACCUUAGCCGGAAGUAUUUCCAACAGCUUAUCUCCGCUGUUGGAUACUGUCAUUUUAGGGGAAUUUACCACCGUGACCUUAAGCCCGAGAAUCUGCUGGUAGAUGAAAAUGGCUGUCUUAAGGUUACGGAUUUCGGGCUUAGCGCGGUUAAGGAUCAGAUCCGACCUGAUGAUGGGUUGCUCCACACGUUGUGUGGGACACCCGCGUAUGUAGCACCGGAGAUCUUGUCGAAAAAAGGUUAUAAUGGUGCGACGGUAGAUGUAUGGUCGUGUGGGAUUAUAUUGUAUGUUCUUACAGCUGGGUAUUUGCCAUUCAAUGAUCCGAAUUUGAUGGCUAUGUAUAGGAAGAUUUAUAAGGGGGAGUUUCGAUGUCCAAAAUGGAUGUCUGCUGAGCUUAAGCGUUUCUUGGGUCGUCUUCUAGAAACGAACCCGAAAUCUAGGAUUACUAUUGAAGAGAUCAUUCGUGAUCCUUGGUUCAAGAAGGGUGGCUUAUUUAAGGAUAAAGGUUCAGAGUUUGAGUUUCAGUUUUAUCAUGACUACUAUUGUGAUGACUUGGAUGACAGCCUCUUUGCUCUGAAACAACAACAGUCGGUUGUGGAAGCGGAGGCGAGUAGUAGCACUAGUAGUAGUACCAAUAGCAGUAGUAAUAGUAUUAUUCCACUGAAUGCAUUUGAUUUGAUCGCUUUCUCGUCAGGGCUCGACUUAUCAGGGCUAUUAAACGAGUCUUUCAACCCUUUUGUGAAUGGUGAAAAGUUCUUAUCAGCUGUGCCUGUAGAUAAGAUCAUUACCACGGUUGAGAAAGUCGCGGGUGAGCUGAAUUUGAAGGUUCGCAGGAGGAAAGAUUGUGUGGUUGACUUAGAAGGUUUGAAUGGGAACUUCAUUGCGAGGGUGGAGAUAAACCAGCUGACUGAAGAGCUGGUAGUUGUUGAGGUGAAGAUAAAAGGGGGAGAAUCUGUGUCCUACAAUAACAUUUGGAAGAAGAAACUAAUGCCCAAACUUUCUGGGUUGAUAUAUGACUCUAAAACACAACCUGCGCAAGAAACAGAUACAAAUACAACACCUGAUGCAGUAUCUGUUCAUCAGUGACUGACGAUCUGGUAUAUAUGUUUUCGGAGUACUAAUUAUACUACUGGCUAUUGCUACCAUCACCUGAAGAAAAGUUGCUACACACUCUGUAGUAUAUGUUCUCUUCAUUUUUAGUGUUUUUCAAGUUUUAACAUUGUAAUCAUCAGCUUUAAUUGUUGCGGCAGGCCGGCAGCUGCGAGCUGGGUGGCUUCUAAUGGGAAACCGGUACGCUGUCAAAUCCGGGUAAUAGAAAUUGUUGUUUGUGCAUUUUGUUUAGUACACAUGAAAAUCUAUCAUCUAGAUAGAUUGUGUGGAGUUAUUUUGUGGGUGUUAUAUUUUUUGUUUUUAUUUUUGUUUUGACCACAGUUUGUGAGAUCAAGUAUAAUCAUCAUGUGUGAAGUUGUAGUCUGUUUUUUAUUGUAAUGUAACUAAUAAUCCAUGUAUUCAGAAGGGGAGAAAGUAGCAAUACCAGGGUAUUUCCUGAUUAUUGCGCCCGGAUGAGAAAGCAUUUUUGAGGUAAUGUUUGCCAUUACCAAAACAAAAAAGAAAAUAAUUGAUACAUUUGUAAAUUGUAGGGUACUUAAUACUACAUUCAUUGUACAGUUGAUGAAUAAAUGAAAAAUGUGAGCCUGCCUGGCAAGAUGUA